AAGAGUUGCAGCCAAAAUCCCUGAAACCCCAAAGCUCUCUAUAAAAGUCACCGUCCUAUGUGAUCGUUAUUCCUUUCCGCCUCUCUGUGUAUACUUGUCUUAAGUCUCUCUCUCUCUCUCUCUCUCUCGGCCCAGAGAGAGAAUCUGAUUGCACUUUCACCAGGGAUGGCAACCCAGGGAGAAGAAUCUACGCCCGCUCCUCAAGUUGUGGGGAAUGCCUUUGUGGAGCAGUAUUACAAUAUACUAUCCAAGUCACCAGAGGUGGUUCACAAAUUUUACCAGAAUUCUAGUGUGAUUACGCGGCCAGAUUUUGAUGGUCUUGUGUCAUCUGCCACAACACUAGAUCAGGGCAUUGACAAGAUGAUUCUUUCCCUUGACUAUAAGAAUUGUGUGGUUGAGAUAUUGACCACUGAUGCUCAAGAGUCUUUUGGAGAUGGGGUGAUAGUUUUAGUGACGGGUUUCUUUACUGGAAAGGAUGAUAUUAGACGCAAGUUUACACAGUUAUUCUUCCUGGCUCCACAAGACAGUCGUGCUUACUUUGUUUUAAAUGAUAUCUUCCGGUAUGUGGAUGAAGAAGCAGUAGUUCCCAUUAAAAUCAAUGAUGCUGAUGAAACUGCUCCUGCUGCUCCUGUCACACCAGAUCCUGAGCCAACUCUGGUUUCCGAUCAUUCUGUGGUGGAUCAUGAAGCUCCUCAUUUUGAGGAGGAUACUGUUCAAGCUGAGGAAUCCAGUCUUCCACUGGACAAUGGAAAGAUUUCUACUGAUGAUGAAGUUAUUUCUGAUCCAUCAGUUGGUAAAAUUCAGAAUGAUGUCCCCCCCCCUACGGGUAGUACAGUUCAAAGUGAUUCUCUCUCAGUUCCUGAGGCAACUGUUUCAAAUGUCCAGGAGGAUCUUCCUAAGAAAUCAUAUGCUUCUGUUGCAAAUGCAUUGAAUUAUAAAAAGCAACCAUUCCAACAGAGGAUUUUACCUGUCAAACCUGUUGAACAUUUACGAGCAACUGUUGUGCCUGAAGUGUCCCCACCACCAGUCAAUAAUAAACCUGUGGAAAAGAAUAAUACUGAUUCAGUUAAGGGUUACUCCAUUUUUGUUGCCAAUUUGCCCAUGAAUGCAACUGUUGAACAGCUUAUAGAGACUUUUGAGAAAUUUGGGCCUAUUAAACCUAACGGUGUUCAAGUUAGAAGUUACAAGCAAGAAAAGAAUUGUUUUGGCUUUGUGGAAUUUGAAUCUGUGAAUUCUAUGCAGAGUGCCCUUGAGGUGUCCUCUAUCAAGAUUGGUGACAGACUGGCUCAUAUCGAGGAAAAAAAAGCCAAUAAUGAAGGUGGGAAAUUCCCACCUAGAAAGGGUGGUUUCCGAAGUGACGGUUUUAGGAACCGAGGAAACUUUGGCGGAGGUCGAGGCUAUGGGAGGAAUGAGUCUGACAAUCAGGGUGGAUCAUCUGGUCAGUAUCGUGGUACUGGCAGACAAAAUGCAGAAGGUAACCCGAAAGUUUAUCAGAAUGGAGGUGGAAGAGUUGCCCGUCAGGCUCAAUCACAAGCACAAGCUCAAGCUCAAGCUCAAUCUCCAGGUGGGAAGAACUAGUUUGCUGCUUUCUGCUGGAAAUUUUGUUUAUUAUAAAUUGUUUACCUCAAUUUUUCAGAUAGGGAAGUAUUUGGACAAUCACGUUGCGAGCCUUUAUUAUUAUUAUUAUUAUUAUUAUUUUUCUCCUA